AUGGCUGGCGAUGGGCAGUGUGUGUGUGUGCCUCGCACUGCUCUGCUUCAACACAUUCCUAAGGUUGGUCUGUCGGGAGUGUCUAGUACACAAAAGAACGGCCACAUCUUGCCUAGGGUGCGGAACCUGCCAUCCAACAUGGCGGGAACAGCGUUGUCGCGACAGCUGCGGCAAAUCGCUCUCGCGACGGGCCCUACUGCAGCCGAUGUCGUCACCAAGUCGAGCGGCAAACGAGGGGCGCUCAUUAGGCCGUCCCUUAUUUUCGAGGCAAAGGAAGCCGCUGACGUGGACGCGGAAACCAUUCUACACAUGGCGCAAGCAGCCCCGUACUCCUCUAUCGCGCCACUAUCCUUCACCCGUUGCGCCCAACCCGUCUCACCGUGCGCGCGUGCAGGUCUGGCGGAGCUGGUGGCGAUGGACGCGCGCUUCAAGCCGUUCCUCACCACGCUCUUCUCGCCGGCCAGCCUGCAGACGGAUCGCGACGACGAGCCGCCCGACGUGGUGGCGGCGCUGGACCGGUCGAUCGACGCGUUCCUCAUGCUGCUCUCCGACGCGCUGCUGCUGCCCCCCAGCCACAAGGCGCUCGAGUACCUCAUCCGCAAGUACCGGUGCGCGCACCAACGCCCACUGCUUUUCCCCGAUAGAGCUCCUUCCAUGUUGGUGCAGCAGUGCAACGUGGACUCGCUGGUGCUGGCGGCGCUGCCGUACCACGAGACGAGCCUCUUCGUGCGCAUCGUGCAGCUGCUCUCACUCAAGCACUCCAAGUGGGCGCCAGUGCUGCACGGCUGCAAGGCCAAUGGCGCGGCAAUCCCGAGGGCGCAGCUCGUGCAGAGAUGCGUCAAGGAUGACUCCUUCUUUCAUGCCAUGUGCCAUGCGGUAUGCCUCCUCCAAUGCCAUGUGCCAUGCGGUAUGCCUCCUCCAAUACCAUGUGCCAUGCGGUAUGCCUCCUCCAAUGCCACGUGCCAUGCGGUAUGCCUCCUCAUGCCAUGUGCCAUGCGGUAUGCCUCCUCAUGCCAUGUGCCAUGCGGUAUGCCUCCUCAUGCCAUGUGCCAUGCGGCGGAAAAGGCGGCCACCUGUGUGGUCCGGGACGGCCCUGCAUCAGCGUCUCCCCCCACGGCUCCUGCACCGCCCGCCAUGCGUCUGCUCACCUUCACGAGCGUGCUGCUGCUGGAGGCGCUGGCUGGGAUGCGCGUGUCCGUGGAUACGCUCUCCCACCUGCUGCCCUUUAUCCUCAACGGCCUGCAGCCCUCCGCCCUGCACGAACACAGGCUGGCGGCCAUGAUGCUGGUGUCACAGCUGGCCAACCGCUCGCAGCUCUCCACGCAGGUCGUCAACUCCCUCCUCGUCGCCCUCCUCUCCCCCACCCCUGCCGCUGCUCCCACUGCGCGUGGCGUGAGGGCACCGCCCACCGCCAUCUCCAUGGACGCCUUCCUCGUGGUCGUCCAUCUCUCUGCGACGCAACGGGUCCUGUCCCUCCCAUCCAGGGCAGUCUCCAACAUUCUAACUGACAAGCACUUUGUGGAUGUGCUGAGCGGGGCGGCACACAAGUUCAACACGGCCAAGAUUCUCCACCUGCUUGUUGACGCGCUGCUGCCCAAGAUUGCAACAUCGCAGGCAGCGGCGGAUGUGCUGCUGGCCAUGCUGCGCCAGCUGCCGCGGGCAGCUCUCUCCCCGCUCGUGCCUCGCCUUGCCCUCUCCCUGCUGCGUUUCGCCAUCGGCAAGGGCCUGCCACAGGGGCCCCCUGUCGUGCUCUCCUCCCUGCGUCAGUUUCACACCUCCAACUCAACUGCUCCUGUCCUGUUCUCCUUCUGCCAUUCUGCAUUCCUCUGCUCUGACUUCCUCAAAUCCUCAAUUGCCAUUCCUUCCCGUUCUGCCCUCUGCACUCCCCGAACCCCAACCCUGUCAGAACCUCGCAUCCAGCCGCUACUGCUGGCCCUCUCUCUCAAGUUCACCUCACCGACUGAUGCUGCCAUCGCUGCAGUCUUGGAGUGGCAAGUGCGGAAGGCAGCAGUGGAGCAGCUCCCAGCGCUCAUGGCGGCAGCAGGGAAGCACAUGGACACGGACGAGGCGGCUCAAGGCGAGGUGCAGUCAUUUGUGUCAUCUGCGCUGCAGCGUCGACUGGCAGAUGACAGCUGGGAAGUGCUGCACGCUGCUGUCACCUCUCCGCUCCUCCCACGUGCCCUUUCUGCCUCUCUACUCGUCGCCCCUCUCAAAGCCAUUCUCCUCCGCCCCCUGCCGCCUACCUCUGAGCCACUGCCUGCUCACAUCAAGGAGUGUCAGAGCACCGCCCUUCACCUCCUGCGCACGGCUCUGUUGCUGCUUGCACUUCUUGGGGCGGCACACAGCCUCCCUGCCACGUCAGCUUCGCUGGAGUCCGCGCUGCAGUCACGUGGCAAUGUUAGCGUGGCAGGGAGCAUGGAGCUCCAAGAGGCGAAGGAAGGAGGAGUUAUGGAUUUUGCGGAGGAGGCAGUGGGGCUGGUGCAGGAUGCGUGGAAGGGAGUGGUGGCGCAGGCAGUGCAGGGGAGUGGAGGGGAGGGGGAGAAGAGACGGAAGGGUGCUGCCUCUGUCCACCUGGAUGCGCUGCUCUCCUCUCUCGCUCAGGCCGCAUUCUCAGCAGCUCCAGACGUGCAUGCUAAGAUCUUCACGCUGCUCUCCACACUCCCCGCCUCCUCCGUCGACUCCCUCAGCCUCUCAGCCGACCUUACCAUCUCAUGCCUCUCAUCCCUUCUGAGGAAGCUUCCAGGAGCCACCCGGAUAAGUGAUAGUGUGUCAGGACCACGUCAGCAGCGAGGAGUUGUGGCAGGGCGCGUGUUUGAGCUGCUGAUGGGCACAGCAAGUCCCAGGGCUGCUGCUCUGGCGGCAGCACGCAUAGCCGGUGCAGUGCAAAGGAGGGCAGAGAGGCAGGGGGGAAAGAGCGAUGGUGAGGGAGGUGGGCGAGUGGAGCUUCAAGAGGCCAUGUUGCAAGCGGUGAGGGACAUGGGUCUGCAUGCAGGGGAGAUGGCAGGAGGGGAAGAGGGCAGCACGGGUCAGCAAGGCAUAGCUUCUCUGCUGCAGCUGCUGCUGGCAGGAUUCGCCACCCGAGCCUCCCUCCUCACCUUCCUGGACCCCUUCCUCCUGCCGUCCCCCUCGGGCUCGUCUCACUCACCCUCCCUCCAACUAGCAGCGCUCUCCCUCCUCCCUGCUGUAGCUGCUGCUGCAGUGCCAGGGGACGCCAAGGCCAAUGAGGAGCUGCCACAUGUGCUUGUGGGACUGCUGUUGCGCCUUAUGGUGGCGGUGCAGAGCCCUCACAAGCCUGUUCGCAAGGCAGCUCUGCACGCGUUCGCGACCCUCACGCAGGCGACCGCCACUCUCCCGAGUUCCAAUUCCACCCUGCCCUCUCCUGCCUCUCUCUCACUCCUUGCAUCCGCUUUCUCAUCCGCCAAAGAUGUUCUCCUCUCGGACCCCUCCCUACCAUUUGCCCUCUCCUUCUCCUCCACUGUUGCCCUCUCCCCCGCCUUCGCAUCUGCUGCAUCCUCCACCUCCAUUCCUUCCAAACCCGGCCAAGCUGCUGCUCUGCUCAUUCGUCUGCUGGACCCCUCGUUUGCUGGGUCCACUGGCUCCAGCUUGACUCCCUCUGACCGUACUGUCCUGCUCUCGGCUCUCUUCAAUGCUGCUCUCAGCCUUCCCCCAUGGCCUCAGGCCCUUGCUCUCUACAUGCUCGCAUCAAUCCCAGCAGCCACUGCUCUCCUCCCGCUGGGCCAACUGCUGCCUCGCCUGCACGAGCUGCUCUCCCGCCGCCUGCACUGCCACCUGCAGCAGGCGCAAAGCGCUGCUGGGCUGCCACUGCCACAUAAGCCAGCAUCAGUGGAUGGAGAAGCACGGUCGGGGGGGAGGCUGGAACUGGAUGAGGUGCACCUGCUGGCUGUGGGCUUGCAGCUUGUAGCUGCGGCCGCAUCAGGAGGUGGGCAGGGAGGGGCUCAGGCAGAAGCAGAUGUGGACGAGGAGAUGAGGGAGGAAGGAGGCGAAGGAGAGGAGAGAGCGAAAGAUGGGGAGGAGAAAGCGCAGCACACAGCAGGGAAAGGCGUUUCUGCUGUUGACGUUGCACCGCUGCUGUUCAUGGCAAUGCAGGUUCAGGGUGCCAUAUCAGCUGAUGACGUGGCAGUGGAAGCCCCAUCUAUCACGGCAGCAGGUGUGGUCACAAAUGACUUCUUGGAGGCGCUGCCAGACAACCACCAGGAUGGGCUCGUGGCGAGUCUGCUCUUCCUCAUGGCAGCAUCUGAGGCCUCGCCUGCAGCGCGCCAAGCAGCCAAGGAGGCACUUCGGCGCCUCAAGCUGAGCCCAACCAUGCUUGCGCGCCUCAUCACGGCCCUCUUCUCUCCACCAUCAGUGUCUCACGGCACCCCUCAGUCGACCAGGUCCAACAAGCCAGACAUGGGUGCCUAUGUGCCGCUGUCUGACUCGCUGCCAGUGGAACGACGUGUGGCUGCCGCUACUGCUCUGCUGGAGAUGCUGCUGUGGAAGGAGGACGUCACAGCACAGCAGACCUCUGUUCUCUCCCACUGCUGGCCGAUGCUACCGGCACCCAACUCCACGGAUGCAGAGGGAGAGGGGGGGGAGCAGGGAGGGCAUCAGGCAGAGGAUGGGGAGGGCGAUGCGGCAGGGAGUGAGGUUGCAAUGAGCGCCCAGAUGCUGGGAGCCGUUGAAUUCGUGCUGCAGCUGGUGCUGACGGUGGCGCGCAACGCCCUCUCCUCACACACACACGUGCAGGAGGGACAGGACGAGGAAAUGGAGAGUGAGGGGGAGGAGGAUGAAGAGGGCAUGGAGCAUGGGGAGGAGGAGUGUGUGGUGCACAUGGUGGGGGCGGCAGUGGAGGUGGUGAAGGGGCGGAGGGACCCUGCCACUGCGAGUGCAGCCAUAGCAGUGCUGGCAGCUGCGGCGGAGAGGCAGCCAGAGGAGGUGGUGGAGCACGUGGUAGCGGUGCUCUCUGUUGCCACCACAACCACCCUCGCCCUCGACAUUCGGGAGUCGCACGAUGCCAUCCACCGGCUCGUGGAGGCAGUGCUUCCUGCAUGGCUGCAUCACAACCAGGAUGUCACUCCCCUGCUUCAGAUGGUCGUCUCAUCCCUGCCCUCCAUGCUUCAUCUCCACCGCAUCGCCCUCCUCUCUGCUCUCCUCAGAGGAGUCUCUCCGUCGUUGGGCCUAGCUCCGCUUCUGCUGCUGCUGCUAACCACCACAGGCGUCACACCCUCCCUUCUCACAGCACAUGCCGAGAAUUCCAAAGAUACCCCUCGCUCUGCGCGGGCACGCAGGCAGGCAGCUCUGCAGCAGCACGCAUACUGGAGGCGGCGGGGGGACAGCACAGGCGAUGAGAAGCUAGGCGAGUGGGGGCUCAGCCUGGCAUUUGAGCUCUGUUCACAGGUUCCAGGAAGCAUCCGACUGGAGGCGUAUGUGAAGCUCUUGGAAGCCACGUGCCCUCCAAUCAUAGCGCGACGGAAGGCGAGUGCAGCAGCAGAUGAGGCGUGUGGUUGGUGGAGUGGGACGGGUCCAGAUGAUGAUGUGGUUGUGGUGAGCUUCGUGGGUGCAGAGUUGCCGGCUGCAGUGGCAGCUAUGGAGGAGGAUGUGGGGAUGGAGGGAGGGGCAGAUGCAGCAGAGGGUGCAGAGGGAGGGCUCAACAAUGAGGGUGCCGCUGCAAUGGUAGCCCGUGACACCCAACACCGACAGCUGUUCGUGUCUCUCUUAGAGCAUGUGGUUCUCCGCCUCCGUGCCACUGCUGCUGCUGCUGCUGCCGCUGGUGCUGUGGCCUCUCCCAUCGCCGCCCCAUCUUAUCCUCCUGCUCUCAAGGACAGGGCGGACUUGGUGGCUUCAGCAGCAUAUGAGCUGCUGCAGAUUCUGGAUUCCGUCACCCCCAGUGGUGUGUUCCUGCAGGCUGUGCAGACGCUACUGACUAACCCCAGCACACACAUUCGAUGCAAGGUUCUUCGGCUGCUUGCUGCCCGAGUGCGGGCUUCCGUGGCCCACACCCUCAUGCCGCAUAGCCGGGGCAAGGCUAGGAGCAAGCAGCGGUUGGCGCAGGCAGCUCAAGAAGAAGCGAGGGAGUAUGCAUCGGUGGCAGGACAGCUGGCGCACAUGGGCGCUCUCGAGGGGGCUGACAGGUCGUUGGCAACACAAAUGGCUGCUCUGCAGACACUCGAUGCCAUAAUCAAGCGCUUCGCGUCGUUGGCUUCUGACGACUUUUCCUCGGCACUGACCCCUCUUAUUCGUAUCAUCUCCGCUCACUCGUCCCCACCACUCCUCACUGCUGCUGCGUUGCACUGUCUCUCCUCCCUCGCAUCCUCCCUGCACCAUCUGCUGCUGCCCCACCUGCCUGUCCUCAUGCCGCCACUAUUCGCCUCAGCUGAUCGGGCCCUUGCUGCGGCAGGAAAUGGGACAGUGGAGGAAACUAAGGCAGAUGAGGGGGAUAGGGAGGUUGGGGAUGAGCAGAUGGAGGAGGAGGGUGGGGGGCAUGGGAGAUCGGAGGUGGUGAGUGAGGGGGUGGCACAUGACCUGCUGGCUGCUGUGUUGCAGGCUCUGGAAGCCAUGCUGGCGGCCAUGGGCCCUCUCCUCUCUCCCUUCACUCCUCGCAUCCUCGCUUGCACAUGUUUCAGUCCCGUGCUUCUCUGCUGCCCCUCAGCCUCGGUGCUGCAACAUGCCCAUGCUGUGCGACAGCUGCUCAUUCAGAAGCUUCCUAUGCGGCUGCUUCUGGACCCUCUGGUCUCCUCCUGGACCACGGCCACAGCUGCAGGCCCUGCCCCCUCUGCUGCUCUGCUGCACAUGCUGGCUCGUGCUGCUUCCCACAUGGACCGGGCUGCCGCAUCCACCUUCCACGCCCGCAUCUUCGACUUCCUCCUCCUCCGCACCUUCGAUGUCCGCCGCGCCCCUCCCUUUCCGCCCUCUACUGACAGCUCCUCCAAUCAGAGACUGCCAGGUGGCAUGCAGAUGGUAACAGCUCCUGAUGUGGAAGGAGCAUCAGUGGCCGCAAUGGUGGGGUUGGUGAUGAAGACGAGUGAGAGUGUGUUCAAGCCCAUGUUUGUACGCGUGUUGGAGUGGGCAGCCAGUGAGUACGCUGCUGAUGGCGAUGCCAUUUCGCCAGCAGGCAGAGUGGAGCGACACCUCACUCUCUUCGGUCUCGUCAACGUUCUCUCGGACAAGCUCAGGUCGGUGUUCGUGCCAUACUUCCAGUACCUCUUUGACAUUGCCAUUCGCCACCUUGUUGGCACUGCUGAUGCUGCCAAGGGGGGAAUUAAGAAGAAGAGGCGCAAGUCAGCAAGCGUGGCAGCAACAGCAGAGGACAGCAUUGCACAGUGGCAGCUGAGGCACCUAGUGGUGUGUGCUCUGCACAAGUGCUUCCUCUAUGACUCCAACGCCGCCUUCUUGGAUGCAACACGCUUCCAGGCUCUCCUGGAGCCCCUCGUAUCUCAGAUCGACAGAGAGCCUCCAGCUGGGGUGGCUUCCAUUGUUUCUGCUCCGUCUGCUCCAGAAGCUCACUCAGUGGCUUCUCAGCUGUCAGAGGCACACCUGAUGCUGGAGCCCUACAUUGCAGCGUCUGUCCCAAGCAUCAGCGCCGUGGAUGAUGAGCUCGUGACAUGCCUCGGUGAAAUGACCAUUGCAGGGGGGUCUGAUAUCCUCUGGAAGCAGCUCAACCACCAGGUUCUGAUGUGCACUAGGAGUGAGCGGGUGCGGUCGCGUCAGCUGUCUUUACGUGUUGUCAACGAGAUUGUGGAUCGGGUUCAUGAAGAGUAUGUUGUGCUGCUGCCGGAAUCGAUCCCCUUCCUGGCAGAGCUGUUGGAAGAUCCAGAUGCCAAUGUCGCUGAGAGUGCGAAGAGCCUGGUGAAGAAACUGGAGGAGCUCAGUGGUGAGGAACUCACCCAGUACUUUUAA